AUGCCCCUCCGGAAUUCCCAUAGCCAGAUUGAAGAGCAGAUUGAUUCCUUCAUCCAAACUUUCAAGCGCAACAGCGCCUCUUUCGCGAGCAACUUCAGCAUCGAAGCAUAUGGGGCGUCCCUCCGGCAUACUUUCAGUGCAGGACAGCUCAGCCCCACGCAGUUUCGCGGGAAGAGGUCCUCCCUCGUGUCCACCUGCUCUUCCACCUCCAGAAGGACGUCCACUGAUCAUUCCGUUUCUGAAGAGGACGUCAGCGAAAGCAGUGAUGAAACAAUGGAGGAAAAUAGUUAUUCUUUAUGUGUGCAAGAUGUUGCAUAUUUGCUACAAAACAGAUAUGCGAUAAUUACAGGUGGGAAAACAUUAGACGGUUUUCCCAUCAUCACCUUCCCAGAUUCGUCUGUGGAAUUCCUCAGUCUUUCAGAAGAUGAAUACAGAAGGUUGGUGCUCUACUUAACAAGUGUUCCUUCAAUGCAAGAUGCAGACCGGGGUUUUGUUCUAGUCAUAGACAGAAGAAAUGACAAAUGGAGUGCUGUCAAAACUGUCCUCCUCAAAAUUGCAGGUUUCUUCCCGGCUCUCAUCCAGGUGGUGUUCGUGCUCAGGCCGGCCGGUUUCCUGCAGAAAGCAAUAUCCGGUGUCAGCAACAAAUUCUUCAAAGAAGAGUUCAAGUUCAAGGUGGUAGUUUGUUCAACAAUUGAAGAACUUCACUGUCACAUUGACAUCAGUCAACUCACGAGUGAUUUGGGUGGAACUAUUUCUUAUGAUCACAAUGAAUGGAUACAGCAAAGAACGGCUGUCGAAAAGUUCUCAAAAAACACGAGCGAGGUAUCGGUGACCCUCCAAGCUAUGAUCACCCAGUGGCAAGCAAGUGUUCUCCCUAACGACCCGUCCUCCACAUCUGCACUCAUCGAAGAACAUGGUCGAGACCACCAUGACCUCAAGGAGGACAUCCACAGUGCCAUCCGGCAUGGGGAGACCCUCCUCAGCUGCAUCCGCCGCCCGUCCGAAGUGGACGCCUCCCUGGAUCUCUGUCCUGACAAGCUCAUCAACGUGGCUGCUGUAGAAAGAUUGCUAAUUCAGUUAGAUGAAACAGAGAAAAGUUUUGAUGCUUUUUGGGUGGGACAUGAAAAGAAACUUCAGCAGUGCUUAGAACUUAGAUAUUUUGAGCAGGAUUUCAGAGAAGUGCAAAAUGUUUUGUCUUCAUGUAUGGAUAAACUUUGUGCCAUGCCAUCAUCUGGUGAUUCCUUAAUGCAAGUGCAAGAAGUUUUAAAAGAUGUUGAAGACUUUGAAGAAAAUGUUCAAGUUGAGAUUGCCAGGAUGGAAGAUGUGCAGCAGAGAGGGAAGUGCCUGAUUGAAGAGAACCACUAUGCUGUUGAUUCCAUCUCCCCCAAGUGUAUGGAGCUCGAGAAGAUGGUAGGUGACUUCCAAAACCAGCUCCAACAUAAGCUUGACAUUCUCAGGAAGUAUUGUGACCUGCAUGACAAAAUAGAAAAGGCAAAUACAUGGUGUGCAGAAGGAGUGGAGCUCUUAGCUUCUCACCAGAUUGAAAAGUGCACGUGCUAUGAGUUUGCAUCCAGGGCCCUUCAGAAUGUGGAUGAGUUCUUACAGAAGGGACGAGAGAUGCAGAUCUGUGAAGAGCUUGAAAAUCAUUCCAUUUUUGAAGCGGCCAUUUCUCCUGAAACCAGGACACUUGUGCAGCAGGUUCUGAAGAGACUUGAGGACAUGCGAACAGUGUGUGAGAAGAGGAAAUCUAGCCUGGAGAAAUUGGCGGUGAAGCCUGUCAGGCCCGUCCAGGCUGUGGUUCCGGAACCCAAGCAUCCUCCACUCAGAAGAGCUUCUCCUGACAAUGAGAAGAAGGUGGUGCUCAGGAGAGGGACAAAGACAACAAUAGAAAUUUGCCAUGAAGAGAAUGAAAUAGAAAAUUCUGCAUAUUUUCGUCCCAUUCAGACUUCAGAAAAUUCUCACUCAAACAGAAAUAGCACAGACAUCUUGAAACUCAAAAGAGGGCAUGUGAUGGCAGAAUUGAUCGAAACUGAAAAAACUUAUGUAACAGAGUUGAAAAGUAUUUUAAAUGGUUACAUGAAAGAGAUUGAGAAUCCUGCCUUGAGAGACCUUGUGCCUGCUGUUCUCUUUGAUGAGAAAGAAACCCUCUUCGGAAACAUGGAGGACAUUUAUGCAUUUCAUAGCAACAUUUUUUUAACAGACCUUGAAGGUUGUAGUAGUACUCCUGAGCUAGUUGGAAAGUGCUUUGUUUUAAGAAGUGAAUCCUUCCACAAGCUAUACAGCAUUUAUUGCCUCAACAAACCGAAGUCCGAAUCCCUCCGUAGACAGUGUGGCGAUGACAAUCCCUUUUUCAAGGAAUGCCAAAGAAACCUUGGUCACAAGUUGCCUCUCGGUGCCUAUCUGUUGAAACCUGUCCAGAGAAUCACCAAAUACCAGUUGCUAUUACAAGACCUACUCAAAUUUUGUGAAGAAAGCAUUGUUGAACUUAAGGAAGCCUUGGAUACAAUGCUGACUGUGCUCAAAUAUGUCAAUGACAGCAUGCAUCAAGUUGCCAUCACUGGAUUUCAUGGUUGCCUAACAGAAUAUGGCAGGCUCCUACUUCAGAGCUCUUUCAAUGUGUGGGUGGAGAACAAAAAAGACCGUAUUCGUGAGCUUCGGUUCAAGCCCCACCAGCGCCACAUCUUCCUCUAUGAGGGCCUGGUGCUCUUCACCAAGAAAUAUGGGCGUGAGGAGAGCCCUAGCUAUGCCUUCAAGAAUGCCCUUAAGACUUCUCAAAUAGGCCUCACUGAAAAUAUGCAUGGAAGCAAAGCUGAAGGUCGAAAGUUUGAACUCUGGCUGCAUGGGCGAAAGCAGAUUUAUAUUUUACAGGCUCCUACUCCAGAGAUAAAGUUGAAGUGGGUGUCGGAGAUAAAACGUGUACUGUUUCAACAAUUUGAACAUCUUAAAGAUGAAAAUAAAAAGCUGUACUCUGAGAAGAUAAAAAGCUUGAAUGGUCUAAUCUCUCAAUCUCCUGUUUCCAAAAGGGGUCAAGUGGUGUCUAGUCAGAGCUGGGACAAUGCUCCCCCAGAGAAUAAUAACAUGGUGGCCCAGGAGAAGGGCAGGAGAGCCACCUUCACCUCAGAGGACAGCUACCAGAAAGAAGACCUGGACAACCAGGAUGAUGGGUGGUCAACUGAUGAACUCUCGCAGACAGAGGACGAAGAUGAGGAUGGGGAUAUAUUCCUCCAGACUGCAGAGGUGAAGGGAAGAUAUGUGGUCCUCGGAGACUACGCGGCUGUGGAUGUGGGGGAGGCCUCCUUACAUGAGGGACAGGUGGUGGAGGUGGAGAAGGUGGGCUGCGCUGGCUGGUGGUAUGUGCGCUGCCCUGACUCAGGUUGCAAAGGUUGGGUGCCGGCAUCCUACCUUGGACCAAGUCCCCACAACAACAACAAGAGGAAUUCAAGAUCAUCCCCAUCAAUCAGCAGUCAAGAUUCUGGCAGUGGUAGUUUACAACGAGCUGCCAGCAAGUCCAGCGUCACCAGCAACAUGAGUAGCACGAGUCAAGAAGCUGCCAACUCGUGACAUGACGUGACGAGUAUCUCAAGUCCCACCUCUUUCCAGUGAAAAAAUGAAGCC